AAACCCACAGAUAUAAAAAAAAAAACGCUAACAGGAAAAAGUGUACUCGUUAAUGGUGCUGUACCAUCCGUUUUUGAAUGGACAACUUUAUCAAAGAAACGAAAGUCACCAACGAAACGCGAAUGCACAACACGUACUAACACAACCGAGAUUGAUGUCGUGGAUAAUAUACAGCCAAUCUCCUCUACAGGUAUUUAUUUUUUAUGAAAUCGUACUUUAGGCCCGCCCUAAAUAUUUCUAAACAUGUUAUUUUCUACAUUCCCACAGUCGAAAUUGGGCCCAUCGAAGAUUCAAGCGUAGACGAAAAUGUCAUCGAUACUAGCAGCCACAUGGAGGACUCCACCGUAACUACUGACACCACAAUCAUAACACCUACUGUCAACCUACAUGAUUAUUUAUUUACUGAACCCGAAAAGCCUGUAGAAGAGCUACUUGAGGCAGCGCAAGCUCGUAUCGAACAAUUAGAACAGCUGCUUUCAAAACAAUCUUUUUACAGACAACUGAAAGGGAUGUCAGACAAACGCGUUAGAUUCCAUACUGGCUUUUCGUCAUUUGCUAUUUUUGUGAGUACCUUCAAUGCCCUUAGACCCACAGCUGAAAGUAUGUUUUCAUGGUCCCAAGUACAGAGAGCACGAGCAAAAAGUGGGAAAGAUAUAAGUAACAUGAGAGACACUCUCAAGACAUGCAAACUUAGCUUAUUUGAUCAGUUUUAUUUAUGCAUUACUAAGCUGAGGCUGGGUACUUUUAAUGAGAAACUAGCCAGUGAAUUUGAUAUUUCUAUUUCAACUGUGAGUAGAGUUUUUAUUUCUUGGGUUAACUUUCUCUAUUUUGUUUUGGGAACCAUUCCUAUGAUCGGUAGGUUCUUCUCAGCAAAAUCCUCAACAAAAGAGUUUGUAACUUUGGGUAUUUUUGUUAUAUUUUUGUGCCAAAAUUCGAGUUCAACGCUAUCGCUACUAGUCGCCAUUUUGUUUGUGAACUUACCACGCGUGGCCUCGACCUCAUGUACAAUAUUCAAUGACGUAAUCCAAGAUGGCGGGCCGUGACAAAGGUGAAUGCACUCGAUCGCGGUUUUGCCGCUAAUAGUAUCACCGCUGACCUAAUUUGAUAGCGGGCACAGUAAUCGUUUACAUGUGAAUGAAAAAGGGCAUAGUUAUUUACCGUAUACUCUAAAUAUAUUUGUAAUAGGAUGAAUAUAUAUGUAAUUAGCCCCAAAUAUAUGAAACAAUGCCAUACAUAUAUUAAAUAUCCAUCAUAGCCAUAUAUAUUUCAUUUACCGCAAAUAUUUGUUGCUAUAUAAUAUUGUCCUAUACCGGCACCCCAUAUACUUUUGCGAGAAACAACGGACAUUUCAAUAACUAGAAACAUUAAAUGUUUGUCAAAUUGGUAUUUUUCAAUCCAAAUAAAAGGGCUGGUUGUCGCGACAAAAUUUAGUCGUUGCG